AUGGGUGGAGAACUCAGAAGUGUGCUUCCUCUUGAGAAGAUAUACGACUUCCUGUCCAGGUCGAUUGACGUGGAAAUAUGGGAAAAGGACAUGGGAGCCAAGCACAAGGGGAGGAUCGUUGGGUUUGAUGAGUACAUGAAUGUUGUGGUUGAUGGCGAGACCGGAAGAUACCUGCUGAAGGGAGACUGCAUAUGCGCAAUCUUCGGAAAGGGCACGUGUUAG